UCUAAAAUUAGAAACAACAAUAAAUAAAUAAAUCGAUCUAUCAAAAGAUAAGUGAAGCAUUUAAACAUGGCAGGUACGUGCUAAAGAGCUUUCGGCAUGUUUUGGAAUCAUGCAGCAUAUUCGAUUGCGGCAAGAAUUUAAACUAAACUUUGAAUAACAUGGCAGCAUGAUGAGAUGAGAAGAUUACGACUGGCGGUACUAUCUGCUGUCGGCAUAUACGGCCUAUGUUACACCGUGCAUUUAAUAUUUAUUGGCAACGUUUUAACGGCCUUUAUCAACGUCUUUCAUGGCGAAAGUCGGUUUAAAGACAGAACAGGGAAAAGUUUGUUAAAGAAUGUAACAACGCAAACGUCAACAACUUUCAACAGCAAUGACAAAAAAAUUCAUCAUUUUAAAAAGUACUGGACACUACAGCGCGACAUGAGAAUAAACUAUAAAAAAAUUUUAGCACCAUGCAAAAACAAUACAACGUGGUCGUCAUUUUAUCCCGACAGAAAUCCCUUUCGGAUCACUUCAACAGAGCACAGUGACGUUAUAUUAGACAUCCAACCGGCAGGACAGUAUAGCAGAAUUUUCAUCAACACGUUCAGUGUGAUGAACACAAGAAAAACUGUCGGAGGAGAUACGUGGAGAGUUCAUGUGAACGGAGAGUCGUCGGUUGCCGUAACAUUAGUUGAUAACCAAGAUGGUUCUUACGAAGCUAGUUUUUUGAUUCUGGAGCCUGGUUCAUAUCGGGUUGAUUUGUGGCUCGACUACACUUUGUGCGACGGACAUAAAGACCCUCCACCAGAGUGGUUUAUUAAAGGCAACGCUCAAGGGAAGCAUCAGUCACCAGCUGUUCUGCCAGGCAACGAGAAACCAUUUCUCGAAGAACGAUAUUCUAAAAAUCUCACUUUUAAAGUGUUGGAAACCAAUUAUUCUGUAUAUCAAGAGUUAAAGCCUUUUCUAAAAGACAUAUCCUCAGAGAACUCAUGUCUCAUGUGGGAUGGGUUUGGACGAUGGAAUAACAAGAAUGAAUGGAUGCAGUACAUUGACGAACCACUGAAAACAAAAGCUAUCACGAAGCAUCGAAGGGGGAGUGGUACAUUUUGGAUUUUUGGUGACUCGAUCGCCGAUUUUUUCUAUCGAUCAGUCAGUAGCAAAGUGUUGUGUAAAGAGCAGUUCUUGCAGUGUAAACAAACCUAUAACUGGAUAUACGAAAUUACCGAUAAAAACCUAACAAAGGCUUCCAAGGAAACUGACGAUAAAGAUUUCGACGUACAAAAAAUAGUUAACGAGUUAAAAAGAGUACUCACUAAUGAUCAGUUGGACGAACAGGGUGUAUUACUACUGAACUAUGGACUGCAUUAUGCUAUGGACAUUCCGUUUGAAACUUUCAAGGUAAUGAUAUUAGAAAUAAUAAACCUGCUCAAAGAGAAGUACUUUAGAGGAAUGGUUAUUUGGAAGACGACGACAGCUAUCAACAAAUGGAGGUGGGGAGCCCGCAACUCAAACGCACGACAUGGUGCGGCUAUCCGCUUCUUCACAACACCGAGAGUGGAACUGUACAACGCAUACGCCACCUCAAAGAUGUGUCAAGCUGGAUUCAACGUAUUAGAUGUCUACCCGAUGAGUUACGCGUAUCCCAACGGAACGAGAAGUAUGGUUGAUGCGGUACAUUAUGAUCACGUGGUGUUCAAGCCAGUAGAAGAUUAUUUAUAUGAUUAUUUUGAGAACUGAAGUACUCAAUUAUAGCAACAUCACGAUUUAUAAACAUCAAAAUUUUCAUUUAUUACACGGUGGUUGUUUAUAUCAUAAUUUAGACGGUUUGGCAGCACUAUCCUUAGCUUCAAAAUUUAUACUCUACAGCGUUGAAAACAUGAGAAGAUUUGUACUUACGGAGUCUUUUUCGAUUCUUCUUUCGUUGUUGAAUCUGGAAAGACAUCUAAAUGAAGCAUAAAGAAGAGUGAUGCAUAGACGUAAACAAAUAGAAAACAAAUCCCGACCGAUGAGUUUUUAAAGUAAAUAGGAUAAAAACAAUCCCGCAAAGAUCUGCAUCCUCUAUGAACUGAAAAUUCAAGCAACAUAAACACGUUAAACUAAAAAAGAUAUAGCUUUAAGGUAUGUUAUUUUUUUAGGAGUAAGUUCCACACGCACCCUCUUUACUCUUAAUGUAAAGCAGAGCAUAGCAGCAUUAACGAAUAAAGCACACGACUUAGUGCUUGAAUGAACUAAUUUUACGGUAACGAAGCUUUUAAAAUCAAUUCUUAUAAACAAUGAAGUUGUAUAUAUGUUAGUUUUUGUGAUGAAUCAGUUAUAUUAUAUUUUUAAUAAAAUUUUGUAAUAAAAAACAGACUUGU